AUGAACAUAAUGUCUCUUCACAAUAGCUCAGACUUCACAUUUUCUACCUUCUUAGUGACAGGACUCCCUGGACUAGAGGCAAUGCAUGUAUGGCUCUCUAUUCCAUUUAGUGCCAUGUUCCUAAUGACUCUAGCAGGCAACAUCACCAUCAUGUUGGUAAUCUGGACUGAGAGGAGCCUUCAUGUUCCUAUGUACCUCUUUCUGGCAAUGUUGGCAGCCUCUGACCUAGGUUUGUCUAUCUCCACAUUCCCCACUAUGCUAAGGGUCUUCUGGAUGGAGGCCCGUGAAAUGAACUUCGCUUCCUGUUUCACGCAGAUGUUCUUCAUCCAUACCUUCCAAGAUUUUGAGUCAGCUGUGAUUCUGGCUAUGGCCUUUGACCGUGUUGUGGCCAUUUCCAAACCCUUGCACUAUACCUCCAUCCUUACCAAUGGUGUAAUAUUGAAGAUUGGCUUGGCCAUUUUGAUACGAACAGUUUUAGUUCAAGUCCCCCUUCCCAUAUUGCUGCUUCGAUUACACUUCUGCCGUUCCAAUGUGCUCUCUCACUCUUAUUGCCUACAUCCAGAUAUCAUCAGGCUCUCCUGCUCAAAUACCAGAAUAAACAGUAUCUUUGGCUUGUUUGUUGUCCUUUCCACCAUGGGACUUGACUUCCUUCUCAUUCUCCUCUCUUAUGUUCUCAUCCUAAAGACUGUCCUAAGCAUUGCAUCUCAUGGGGGGCGCCUCAAGGCUCUCAAUACUUGCAUCUCCCAUCUCUGUGCUGUGGUUCUUUUCUUCACUCCCAUGAUUUGCCUGUCCAUGCUGCACAGAUUCGGACCAAAGCUUCCAUCCCAUGUGUAUGUGCUCAUAGCUAACAUGCAUUUCCUCAUCCCUCCUGUGAUGAACCCCAUUGUCUAUGUGAUAAGGACUAAACAAAUCCGGGAUAGGAUCAUUAGAGUGUUUCACAGAAAGAGACCAGAAGAGUCCUAG